UUUGCUCUUGUGCUGACUCUUUAAGUGCUGAAAGUGCAAACAGGACCGUGUGACCCUCCUGUCAGGACUCCGGACCCUCCCGCCCCCUCAGAAGCUCAUCUAGCGUCACCGCGAGAGGUUCUGCUCGGGCCACUCGAGGGAAAUGUUUUGUGUGUCACUUGCACGCCGCUUAUUGAAACCGCAGGAAGGGCCUUUGGACCCCGGCCAAGGAGGAUCUGGUCCCGUCGCGCUCCAUCCGGAUUCGGACAAAAGAGAUGGUAUCCUGAGCGCGCUUUAAAGGACGGCGAGCACCCGGCGGCCCGAGGACUCGGGAUGCAGACGCGGGACUCCACCUUCGUCCGACUGGCGAACGACAUCAGCCGCGCCACGGAGCGGGCGGAGGAGAGUCCGGCGAGCCCGGAGGACGGUCGCCCAAGGUCCAAGCGCAGGAGGACUGUCACGGUGGUGCAGCGGCAGGCGGCCAACGUGCGGGAGAGGAAGCGGAUGUUCAGCCUGAACGAGGCCUUCGACGCCCUCAGGAAGAAAGUGCCCACGUUCGCCUACGAGAAGAGGUUGUCCCGCAUCGAGACCCUGAAACUGGCCAUGGUCUACAUCGCCUUCAUGGAGGACCUGCUGGAGGACGGGAGCCCAGCAUGACUUGGGAAAUACUUUCAGUGUAAGACCUGUUCGUUAACUCAACAUGAAGAACACCUGCACCUAUUUUUGCACAACUUACAUUCUAUCCAUCCAUUUUCUACCGCUUGUCCCUUUUGGGGUGGCGGGUGGGUUGCUGCCCCCCUCUACCUCAAAGAACUGCUCAGCCCCAAAUCCUCCACGCGACAUCUCCGCUCCGGACAGACUGACCACCUCCAACCUCCGAGGACAAAGCUACGAACAAUGGGAGACCUGUGGAACGCUCUCCCUGACCACCUGAGGGCACCACAGACUGUGGAUGCUUUUAAAAAAAGGCUUAGAAACCCUUCUUUAAAAAAAAAAAAAAAAAAAAAAAAGUUCUAGUUCUAGUUCCAUUCAUCCAUCCAUUUCCUACCGCUUGUCCCUUUUGAGGUGGCAGGUGGGUUGCUGGAGCCUAUCUCAGCUGCAUUCCAUGGAAAUGCCCCCCACCCCUCUACCUCAAAGAACUGCUCACCCCCAAAUCCUCCACGCGACACCUCCGCUCCGGACAGACUGACCACCUCCAACCUCCGAGGACAAAGCUACGAACAAUGGGAGACCUGUGGAACGCUCUCCCUGACCACCUGAGGGCAC